UGGCCUCCGUGCACAAUCAGUCGGUCACGACUGCAUUCGCUUGCUUUCACCUGAGAUUGUUUUUGAUUGUGAUAAUGGCCAAUACGACCUUCGACUACUCGACUGGGGUUGCCGAUGGUUGCGCUUGAUUCCAAUUAGACAAUCGCGACAACAACAAUAAUAACAACACUACGUUCCUUCGACCUGAGAAAUACAUUCCGCCUACUCUCGCUAGUACCCAUACUAAAUCGUCAUUAUGCAACUCCCACCUCCUGAAGUCCUGGCAUCAUGGCCCGUGCCAAAUUACGUCGACCCUGUGACGCGCGGGCAUGCCGUGAAUAUUGUGAAUAUCGUCCUCGGCGUUCUGGCAUUCAUCGUGACUGUCCUCCGCCUUUACACACGUUUCAAAAUUACGUGUACCCCUGGCCUUGAUGACGCCCUGGUAGUCAUCGCUUUUGCUUUUGGAAUUGGCAUGUGUGUUGCUACGUCCCUGGCGACCGAGCGCUGGGGUGCGAAUCGACAUAUAUGGGAUGUACCCUUGUCCUGGAUCCCGGUUGUCACCAAGUACAAUCUCGCUUUCCAGCUUACCUUUUCUUUGUCCUGCUCAAUCGUCAAGCUAUCGGUUCUGUGGUUCUGCAAGCGCCUUAUCGGAACUGGGAGUAAGGGACUAUAUAAGGUAUACUAUAUAGUCCUGCUUAUCUCCUUGGUGUUUGUGGCCAUGUGCUGCAUUGUCUUCUUGUUGGUCAGCAUCUUCCAGUGCACACCUAUUCAUGCAUUCUGGGAUCUGGAGCCUAUGUAUCCUCAUCAUUGCGUCAAUUAUGGCGCAGCGGUAUUUUCUGCUAGCGUUGUCAACAUCUCCACCGACUUCCUCUGCACCAUCCUUCCUAUGCCAUUGAUCUGGAAUUUGAAGCUACCUGCCCGGCAACGCCUUGCCGUAAUCUCGAUCUUCGGUCUUGGUAUUGUGGUCAAUGUUGCGGGUACCGUGCGCACGGUAUAUGUCUGGAAGAGUAUGAUGGAAUCUUACGACACUACUUGGAUGGGAUGGCCGAUUCUUCUCGCCGGAUCGAUAGAGAUCAACUUGGCUAUGAUCUGUGCUUCUGCGCCUGCACUCAGACCUCUCAUCGGAUUUGUGCUGCCCCAUCUUCUUCCAUCGGCUCGCGGCUACGGAUCUUCAUUUGGCAACAAUGGUCCAGAGCAGAAGCUGUGGUCCUCGACUGGGCCGUCAAAGCCGUCCCGAGUUUCUAAGAUUGAAGAUCGUCAGUAUGGCUACGAAGGAGACACGAUGGUGGAUCGGAUGGAUAUAGUACGCACUGUUGAGAUGGAAACGUGGACCGAAAACAGAAGACCCAGCCAUAACGACGGCAACAACUCUCAAGUCGUAUCCAACCACACGCGCGUCAUGACGCCGACGCACCACGUCGAUCUCAAGAACGAUGGAGUGGUUUACACGUCGCCGGGUAGCGAAAUAUCCUCGACUUCACUCACCCGUGACUCGAAGGGAGAACAUGCAUUCUAUGAACACAACAACCCGGUCUAGGGUUCCCACCCUUCCUUUUCUUUUCUUUCCUUCGAUCAAAUCAUCUGGUUAUGAUUGGGUUAUGAACAUGUAUAAUUUACACACCAUGUACACUUUUGGGGGCUGGUAGCAUAUAUAUGUACAGAUGAA